AUGGACGACCUGACGACAGAACUCACGGAGCGCUUCGAGCGCUACUGCGCUACCAAAGACGAUGAAUUCCCUCCCGAUGUGCUCAACGAAUUGCAGUCGAUGCUGCGACUAUACUCGAUAUCACCAGAAGAGCUAGACUUCAAAUGGCAGGCGUACAACAUGAAGAUGGGCGGGGAGGAGAACAAGAUGGAUCUCAAGACUGCGCGUGACUUCAAGAAGACGAUGCAAGAUACGCUCGAGCGAGAGAGCAGGGGCAAGGCUCAGCAGAGACAUGAGGUCAAGCGGGCAGCCCCCACACCAAGAGCAAAGGGAGGGGACAUGUACGAUAUGUUGGAGGGCUUGGUGCCAAAUUCGCCACGGCCGAGUGGCGUGACCGGUAUCAAUGGCAGUACCGUGAAGAGGAAGGCAGACUUCCGGACGCCAGCUAGCAAAGCCAACAAGCCCCAUGAGAUGAGCUCACCAGGCGGAAAUGCGACGCCGAAAGCCGAUGCCUCAAGCGGACCAGCCUUUGACUUUGCGUCCCGCAAAAACCCAAACGACAUCACCGAGCAAUUUAUGCAAGGCGACAUUGUCAUCCCAGAGCCACCUUCUGAAGAGCCCAACGAACCACGCAUCAAGCUCAAAGCGAACACCGACAUGUCCAAGUUUUCGUACCGCACCAUGGCCAUGAAGCUGUCCGAAGCGUCAGAGGUACUCGACGACAAGAUUGACGAGUUUCGCGAACUAAUCCGAGAGCACAUGAACUUGGACGAGAGCGCAUUUGGCAACCCAAACUACCAAUCGCCAAGCGAAUUAAUAGCAGUAGGACGGAUAGCAAGCGACACCAGCGAAGGCAAGCUCAACACUGCAGCACUAGUCCUGGAAGGAUCAAGACGUUUUGGAUCUGGUCGACGUGUUCCGCUCAAUGUCGACGGGCUGGUCAGCUACAACUUCUUCCCUGGACAAAUCGUUGCUCUCAAAGGAACCAAUGCAUCGGGCGAUGCCUUUGUCGUCUCUGAAGUCCUCUCCUUGCCUCUUCUCAAUCAGCCCGCCACUAAGCCAGACGAGCUUGAUGCCAUAAAUGCACGCUAUUUGGAUUCACCCGAAGCCGACCCAGACAAUGUACGCCCACUGACGAUGAUGAUUGCCUCUGGCCCAUACACAACAGACCAGAACCUCGAUUUCGCACCUCUGCACACCUUCCUGGACAAUGCCGCCGAAGCCUAUGCAGAUAGUAUCAUUCUAGUGGGGCCUUUCCUCGAUGCAGAACAUCCCCAGAUUCGCACAGGAGACUUCGAUCCACCUCCAAACUCCAGUCCAGAUCAAGCCACCAUGACGGAUCUAUUUCGACAUCAUAUCUCCACCGCACUGCAGGCUUUUUCGAAACGCGUCCCGACAUGUAACGUCAUCCUCGUCCCAAGCUUACGAGACGCACAUCACCACCACGCCGCGUUUCCACAAGACAAAUUCAUCAAGAAAGAGCUCGGACUCGGUGCAGCAGGGAAAAUGGUGCAAUGCGUGACCAACCCCAUGACACUGAGUAUGAACGAGAUGACGGUGGGCAUGAGCAGUAUCGAUAUUUUGGACAUGCUGAGACGAGAAGAACUGGUCAGUGAAAAGUCGCGCGGUAUCAAUAUUUAUGAGCGAUGUGCGCGAAACGUGAUUGAGCAGCGAAGUUUCUUGCCAUUAUUUCCGCCGCUCGCGAGAGAUAAGAUCAUACCACCUCCUGCUGCUGUGGAAGAUCAGGUCUACAAGAAUGGCGAAGCUGAAGAGGCAGAGGAAGAUGAAGGACCCAGCCCGUUCUUACCGCUGGGGACAAUGCUGGAUACAAGUUACCUCAAGCUAGGUGAAAUGUUGAACGUUGUCGAAUCCGUUAUUGUUAUAAACCCUGGUACUCUGGCCAAGCGCCGCGCAGCAGGAACAUAUGCGCGUGUCAUUGUACAACCCGCGGCGGUCAGCGAUGCAGAGAGGGAGAAGGGAUACGCAGUUGCGCACAAGCUUUGGGAGCGCACGAGGGUGGAUAUUGUACGAAUAUGA